UGGUGCCGUGGGAUUAUGGGAAGUGUGCAGCGGGAUUGUGGGAACUUGGAGGAUCUGCACUGUGGGAUUGUGGGAUGGUGGAGGACGUGUGCGGCGGCAUUGUGGGAUAGUGGUGGAGGCGAGCGGAUGGUGAAAGACGGCCCUGGCGAAAUGGCGGACGUUCACAGCCAGGAGGAAGAGGCGGACUGGCGCCGGAACGAGCGACUGACGGCUACUUUGGAGGAAGAUCCGGAAGCUGCAGAUUCUUCUGAAAAAAGUGGGAACGAAGAGAAUGGAGAAGUUUCGGAUGAAAAUAGAGAUCCAAAUACUGCUGCAGGCAAAUCAAUUAAACACAAGAAAAAGAAACACAAGCAUCGGAGUAAACACAAGAAGCAUAAGCAUUCUUCGGAAGAUGACAAGGAACGAAAACAUAAGCACAAACACAAGCAUAAAAAGCAUAAAAGGAAAGAGAAUGAAAUCUUUGAGAAGGAUGGUGAUCACUCAAUCAAAAGACCUAAGUUAGAUGAUUAUGCUCUUUUGGAGGACUUAGAAAAACAAAGGGCAAUGAUAAAAGCAGAAUUGGACAGUGAACUAAUGGGAGGGAAAGUUCAAUCUGGUAUGGGUUUAAUUCUGCAGGGUUAUGUGUCUGACUCUGAGGAAGAGGGGGAAAUCCAUGAGAAGACUCGGAAUGGUGAAAGAAUUGCAUCCAAUCGGGACGUUUCUGAAAUCUUGCCUGUUAGAGACAACAAAGUUAAACGGGAGCCUGUAGAAUCUAAGCCUGUUUCAAAGAGGCGAAGUAAAAGCAGAUCAAAAGACAGGACUAAACAUAGCAAAUCUGAGAAAAAGAAAAAUAGGCUGAGUUCAGAACACAGAAAAGAGAAAGAGAAAACGAGAAGUAAAUCACACGAGCGAAAGCGUUCAAGAAGUCCCAUCAAAAGCAGUAAGCCUGCAGAAAAGCCAAGGUCUCCAACAUCCAUGAAAAGACGAUCUCAAGAAAAGAGUAAAAAAUCAACUCUGGCAGAAGAUGGGACAAAGUCGAAGGAUCGCAAGAAUGUAACAAAUGAAAGCAAAACAAAGGAACGGAAUAAAAAAUCAAAAUCUCCUCCGGUGAAAAGGAGCAAAUCGGGAGAGAGAAGUCAGAGAUCUAAAUCCAAAGACCGUGAGAAGAGAUCUAGAAAAUCUGAAACGGAAAAGGAAAAGAAAUCUCUGAAGUCUCCGUCCAAGGAUGUUCCUUCUGGGAAGGAGAAUCGAUCGCCACUCAAGAAACAUGCACUUUCUCCUAAACGGAAAAGCCUUUCUCCAAAACAGCAUAGAGAAAAGUCAUCCAAACAUAGCCGAUCGCCUAUUAUUAAUGAUCGUGCACCUAAAAAGAGUCAGUCUCCCUCACGGAAUAAGUCCCCACCCAGAAGAGCUAAAAGUAGAUCGAUAGAACAAAGGCGGAGGGAGAGUGAACGAACAAGAGCUUUAUCUCCAAGAACAAGGUCGCGAGAUGAGCCAGCAAAUAGGCUAGAGCGAUCCAGGGACAUAAGCUCCUCUCGCCGGUCUCCUGCAAGGAGAAGGGCCAGCAGAUCUCCUAUCCGGAGGAGAUCUCGUUCACUCCUCAGACGAAGUCGAUCUCCAAGGAGACGAAGUCGAUCGAGGAGGAGGUCUCUGGAGAGAGACUGGAAUCGAAGAAGCAGGUCUCGCAGAAGACGAUCAAGGUCACGAGGUCGACGCAGGCGUAGAAGUGGGAGCAGAGACAAAGAAGACAAAUUUAAAGGAAGCCUUUCUGAAGGAAUGAAAGUUGAACAAGAAUCUUCUGAUGAAAAUCUUGAGGAUUUUGAUGUAGAGGAGGAAGAUGAAGAAGCUGUUAUCCAACAAAGGCGUGAACAAAGAUUGGCAAUUGUUCAGAAAUAUCGAAACCCAAAUGAAGACAGCAACAUGUCUGGAUUGUCUGAACCAAACAGUCCUCAGAGCAGCACUAGAAGUCGCUCUCCUUCUCCUGAUGACAUUUUUGAGCGAGCUGCAGCUGAUGUCAAGGAGUAUGAAAGGGAGAAUGUUGAUACUUUUGAGGCUUCUGUGAAUGCCAAACGCAACCUCAUGGCACUUGAGCAGAAAGAAGGAGCUACUUUGAAAAAGCCAACAGUUCCAGAUAUGUUUACUGAAUCUGAUGACAUGUUUGCUGCCUACUUUGAUAGUGCUCAUCUGAGAGCUGCUGGAUUUGGAAAGGAUUUCAAAGAAAAUCCUAAUCUCAGGGAUAAUUGGACUGAUGCAGAAGGCUACUAUCGUGUAAAUAUUGGGGAAGUUCUUGAUAAACGUUACAGUGUAUAUGGCUACACUGGUCAAGGAGUCUUCAGUAAUGUUGUACGUGCCAGAGACAUGGCAAGAGCUAGCCAGGAGGUGGCAGUCAAAAUCAUCAGGAACAAUGAACUCAUGCAAAAGACUGGUUUGAAGGAGCUAGAGUUCCUGAAGAAAUUGAAUGAUGCAGAUCCUGAUGAUAAGUUCCAUUGCCUGAGACUUUUUAGACACUUCUACCACAAGCAACAUCUCUGCUUGGUCUUUGAGCCUCUGAGUAUGAACUUACGUGAGGUGUUGAAAAAAUAUGGGAAAGAUGUUGGUCUUCAUAUAAAGGCUGUACGAUCAUACAGUCAGCAACUUUUCCUAGCUCUGAAAUUGUUGAAGAGAUGUAACAUCCUUCAUGCUGAUAUCAAACCUGACAACAUUCUGGUAAAUGAAUCCAAAACCAUCCUGAAGCUUUGUGACUUUGGCUCAGCUUCACAUGUAGCUGAUAACGAUAUAACACCAUACCUCGUCAGCAGAUUUUAUCGAGCACCUGAAAUUAUUAUUGGGAAAGUUUAUGAUUAUGCCAUAGACUUGUGGUCUGUUGGUUGCACACUUUAUGAGCUUUACACAGGAAAAAUUCUAUUUCCUGGCAAAACUAAUAAUCAUAUGCUGAAACUCAUGAUGGACUUAAAGGGCAAGAUGCCAAAUAAGAUGAUCCGGAAAGGUGUUUUCAAGGACCAGCACUUUGAUCAGAAUCUGAACUUCAUGUACAUUGAGGUGGAUAAAGUGACAGAAAGGGAGAAAGUCACUGUUAUGAGCACUAUUAAUUCUACUAAGGACCUGCUGUCUGACAUGAUUGGUUGUCAGCGUUUGCCAGAAGACCAGCGUAAAAAAGUUCACCAGCUCAAAGACUUGCUGGAACAGAUUCUUAUGUUAGAUCCAGCCAAACGUGUCAGCAUUAAUCAGGCCCUACAGCACCCAUUCAUUCAGGAGAAGAUUUAAUCGGAGGAUUUAACGGGUUUGAGCAAUUAAACAAAGACUGGAAAAGUCAGAGAAAAGUAUUUUAGUAUAUGUGAAACACGAUGUUUACCAUGAAAUAUGCAUGAAG